CUCCACCCACUCUGAAGUGGUCAGAGUACAGAGAGCAGCUGUGAAGUCAGAGUGGACAACCAGCCUCCCCUGAAGCUAAAGGUCCCCCGGAGAGGAUGAAGUUCUCUGUGGCUGCCCUCUUCCUCAUCCUCAUCACCACUCCGGCUUUGUACGGCCAGUCAAAAAUUCCUGAGUCGGUGAACCAUUCUCCCACCUGCUGCCUGAAGUAUCAUGAGAAAGUAUUGCCAAAGAAAUUGGUGGUGGGAUACAGAAAGGCCCUCAACUGUUACCUGCCAGCAAUCAUUUUUGUCACCAAAAAGAAUCGAGAGGUCUGCGCCAACCCCAACAAGAAAUGGGUCCAAGAGUACAUCAAGGAUCCCAAUCUACCUUUGCUGCCUCCCAGGAACUUGGCCCAGGUUAAAAGUAUUAGAACAUAGGAAGGCCAACCCCAGCUCUGAAGCUCUGAAGCCUCGGUGGGAGUCCAGGUUCCGGAAAGAAAAAUGCAACCCUGUGAAAAUGCAGGUGGCCAUGUGGUCUGGAUGACAGUGAUAUUGAGAGAAGCUGGCCCCUGAUGCAAAAAGUAAUUAAAAGUAUUUCAAACACUUU